CGCGUCCAUCAGGGUGAGCGGGGGGGGUGGGGGGAAGUAAAGCCGCUGCCGCGCGGGCCUCCAGACGCAACCAUAUGGUGUAGGCGUGGCUGAGGGCGCGGGGGCGUGGCUAAGGGCGUGGCCAGAGCUCCGAGGGGCGGGGCUCGGGGCAGGCGCGAAGACCCCACGUGUUCACCCGGUGCCCCCCCCCCCCCCCCGCCAUGAAGUGCAUCGUCGUCGGUGGCAACGUCAAAGUCCUUGGCCGAGCUGUGCACUCCCUGUCCCGCAUCGGGGACGAGCUCUACGUGGAGCCCACCGAGAGCGGGCUGUCCCUGCGCACCGUCAACUCCUCGCGUUCCGCUUUCGCCUCCUUCCUCUUCGCGCCCCUCUUCUUCCAGCUGUACGAGGCGGGCGGCCCCCCGCCCCACAGAGAGCUCUUCCGAUGCAAAGUCCUCAUGAAGUCCUUCCUGGGUGUUUUCCGCUCGCUGCCCUCGCUGGAAAAGACGGUGGGGAAAUGCCUCAUCCUCCUCAAACCGCAGGCCAGCCGCCUGGUUGUGCAGCUCCACUGCAAGUACGGCGUCACCAAGACCCACAACCUGGCCUUCCAGGAGUGCGAGCGGCUCCAAGCCGUCUUCGACACCCAGAAAUGUGCCAGCAAGCUCUGCGCCUCAGCACGGGUGUUGGCGGAGGCCGUGGUUCACUUCCCCCCGACGCUGGCUGAGGUGACGCUGGGGACCGGCCCUGGGGGCAAGAUCAGCCUCCGAAACUACGUGGAGGACGAGGCGGAGCUGAGCAAGACGAUGGUGACAGAGCUGUGGCUGGCCAAGGAUGAGUUUGAGACGGUGGCCGUGAGCCCGGGCUCCCACAUCACCUUCUGCCUCAAGGAGUUUCGGGGGCUGCUGACCUUUGCUGAGGCCUCCAACCUGCCCCUCACCAUCCAUUACGACGCGCCUGGAAGGCCGGUGGUCUUCACCCUGGAAGACACGCUGGAGGUCCACCUGGUGCUGGCCACCCUCUCAGACCCCGAAAGCAGCUUGCAGCCCCCCACGGCCAACGGAGUGUCUCCCACCCCUGGCACAUCUGAGGACUUCGCCGAUGACCUCGAAUCCUACAUGAUUGCCAUGGAAACCAGCUACGAGGAAGGCUCGGGGGUGCCCCCCAGCCCCACCUUCCCCCUACGCACCCCACCACCUCCAGCUGAAAGCGACCUUGAGGAGGAAGAGGAGGAGGAAGGAGCUGUGCCAGGGACCCCCCCUCACAAAAAGUUUCGCUCCCUGUUUUUUGGCUUGGUGCUGACACCAGGGCCCGGCCCAGCCCCCACCCAGGAGGUGCUGGCAGAGGACAGCGAGGACGAGUCCUGAGAGCCCCAAGGACACGGAGCUACCGACACCCCCCACCCCUCUGUGACCCCCCCCCACCCCCCUCAGCAUCAACCCCCAAACACAGGCACCCCCCCACGACCCAUUACAAGUUUAUUCCCAAAAAAUUCUCCUGCCCCCCCCCCCCCUCCACUGUCAGCCCAGGGCUGGGCUCUGGGCUCCCCCUCACCCCGGUGGUCCCUGCCCUUGGAGGGUGGGGGAGGCUGUAUUUGGUUCAGUGGAGCGUGGCGGGAGGGGAGGGGGGGGG